AUGGAUGACUUUGAAUACAGCGUGGAGAUCUCGGACCGCGACUGGGACUGCUUCUUCCAGGAGUGCGAGGAGUGCUCCCUCCUCCCUCCCACGCUGGCCGGAACGGACGACUCCGGCAUGAGUGACCUUGACGAUUUGGGGUCAGCUCAGUUGAACAAGGCUCUCGUCGAACCCAACCUGGGAGCGGCCUUCCUGGAAGACGGCCAACCUUCCGACGGCCCCCUCGAUCGCGAAGGGUCCCCCUUGCCGAAUUACCUCAGCAAAUAUGCCGUUGGUGUUUCGGAGAAUAUCCUCUCGGGGAGUGAGGAGGAUGUGCACCUGGAGUCUGUAAAUAGGUUCUUUGAGAGGCUUAGGAGUUUCACAGAGACAGGGCAGCUUAUUGAUCCCGGCACAACGGCAGUUGGAAAAACUGGAGAGGCAGUGCAGAGGGAGGAGGCGUGUAGCGACGGGCCGCCAGCCAACCUCGCUGCUUUGCCAGCAAACAUCCUCGAGUUCAACACUCCCAGCCUGCCAUUAGUGAAACAGCAGCUGGGAAAGACACGGCAGGGCCAGAUGACUCCGACUGCACCACAACGGGAUGAGGCAGACAAACCCUUUCUGGACACGGAGCUGGUCAUCAGAGAGGAGGAGUGGUCGGUGACGACGACUCACGAACCAAGAAAGACGAGAGAUGAGGAGGAUCCGUCUCCUGACCCGAGUGUCUGCCUAGACCUGCCCUCUGCCCCUGGAAAAUUACCCCAGAGCUCACAGACAUGGGUGGCUAAAUCCAUGGAUGAUCUGAGGCCUGGAGGCGACUUCUCUGAUCAGACGGUGCUGAAAAGAAGCCCUCCCCUCCAUGAGAAGUCCCCCGUUAACGAGGCAGAGGAGAGCACAUGUGUUGGGUUGUCAAACACAGAGUCCUGCCAGCUGAAUGUGAGCAGAGGAGCCAGCCAGGAGCUUUCCCCCGCAGGUAACAACAAGAAGAAGAGGAGGAGGAAGAAACGAGCUAGCAUGGAGCCCGUGGAGGCCCGGUGCAGGUACGAGAGGCAGGUUUUAGCCGACCGUAGUGACUCGGACAAGGAAACAGGAGCAUCCUGGGCAGCUGAAAUGAGUCCUCGGGCUAAGUUAUCUGGAGAUUGUUGCGAUGGUUUUAUGAUUGAGCACCUCCAACCUCCACAAAGUCUAGCUGAUGACAAAGACCUGUCAACGCCGAGCUAUGGUGGUGGUAACGUGGCAAUUCAUUUACAGCCAUGCAGCGGAUCAACAUUACAAGCAUCAAUUGAAUUCAAAGAAUGUGCCGGGUUGUUGGCCUCAUGUGCCACCUGUGCUGGUGGUGAGCCAGGAAGUACUGGUAGCCUGGCAACAAGCCCGACAGAGCAUGAGCCUCAAGUGAAUAAUACAAAAAUAAAAAUACAAACAAAUGAGCCUCAAGAGAAGGACAUGGAUAGAGAAUUGAUGAAUAUGAAGGAUUUCACUGCCACAGGUUUUAUUUCACCUAAACAAGAGACUUUGUGUGUUGUCACGGACAGCAUGAUUGGAUUAGACACACAGGGGCAGCCUGUUAGUGGGGAAAUGCAUCACAAGUUCACAAGACCUAGUUUAGACUUCAGGGAGAUCCAAAAAGAGGCACGUACUGAUUUAACUCUGUUGUCUGACAAGUUAUCGUUUCCUCACAGAAGCAGCUACCACUCAGAACCCGACACAGGAAACAGUCAAACACACUAUAGAGAAGAUCUUUCUCAGACUGUGUUCCCAGCAAAUGAAACAGACACUGUGUCAGCACUCACACAAGUUUUGACCGUUGAUCAAGAGAGCAGUUUAAAAUGUCCUAUCUCUAAAAAAAAAAGAUCUAGUUUGUCUGCUUUCAAAGGCAACCAAAACAGAGUAGAUGGGUCUAACAUAACACCUUCAACAGCACUGCCAGUCUCAAAACUCACCGAUGCAUUCCGUCCAUCAUCUGAAAGCCCUGAUACACUGAUCACGUACUGUGGUACCCCCACGAUCGCGGACACAAGUGAAAUAACUGACAGAAACCAAAGCCAAGAUGUCUGUGAAAACGUCCCAGAGCUCAGAGCUUAUUCACUCGUGUCCACAGAGGAUUCCAGAGCCAGGACAGGACAGGGGCAGGUGACAGGAAACACACCAGACCCCAAGAUGACCGUGUACGCCAUGUCCUCUUUCUGGAAGGAUAUGGAGCAACUGACGAUCAACGACAUGUUGCGUUUCCGAGGGAUCGGCGCAGUCCAGCCCCCCGUUACUCUGCCAGACGGUAUGAUGGUGGCGCCCGUGGAGGGUGUGGACUCGGGAUAUUUCGGUCAAGGGGGGGAUUCGAACCCUCAACUUUCCGGUGAAGUGUUCAACAUCUCAAGUUUUGACGAAGAUUCAAAUCCAAUCACUGAUCCUGACGCGGGUGAUGUUUCGGUCGACUCUAGUGGCGUCUUGUGGGAAAGUAAGCAUGACUCUGUAGGCCCUGGAACUGAGACAUGCUCUGAUAAUGUAACCCUCAUGAAGGAUUUACCCCAGCAACUAAUCCCUGGCAGUCCCCAAAAAUACUACGUAAAGAAGAUGUACAAAAACAGAAGUAUGCAGAACUUGCCUGCUCUGGUGUCUAAACCUUUAGGUCAAUCGCUGAAAAGUCCGGUUUUACCAACUGUCAUCGCCGAGGAAGGUGAAUAUGACACGGAGCUCAUCAGUGAAGAGCUCACGCUGGGACGAGACAGCGGGCUAGACUCUUUACCUCCAUCUUCUUUUUCUGAACAAGUCACCACACAAAGCUACAGCUUCUCUAUCACAGAUAUCUUCAGAUAUUUCUGUACAGGUUCAACAUCCGAAACUUGUCAGUCCGACACAGACAACAUGCAGACAACGGCCGCUUCCUACGCCAGUGGAAACUCAGUCGCUGAGACGUAUGAUCACUUCUUCUCGGACUUCGAGGUGGACAGCUUCUUCUACCCUCUCUUGGAGGAAGGACACAACAAAAACGAAACGGUGCCCAUCUUUUCCUGCUCGCGAUCCGCCAACAGGAACCUCCAGUUCCCCGAUGCGUACGACCAUUUCUUCCCCUCGUCCUCCUCUGACGAUUCGUCCAUGGAAUCUGACGAGGAGGAUUGCGAAAGCCGGGCGCCGAUUCGCGUUGUUUCAAGGUUCACUCUUAAGGAUGGUGAGAUUCAAGGUGCUUCCACUGGACCAGAUAUUUAUGAAAACUUCUUCCCUGACUGGGACCAGGGUGGGAAUGCCUUCUGGAAAAAUGGGCUUUCUUUAAGGAAUGUUCGGUUUCCUGGGUCUACCUACCAGAGACCAACAUCAGACUCCUUGGCUUUGGUACCUGUUAAUCAAAACAGGAAGUUAGUGCAGAGGACAAUCCCACCAAUCAAAGACCAGCCCUUCCUUGACCCUCUCUUGUACAACUUCAGCGACAGGCUCGUCAGACAGCUAGCAGAGCAGCCUUUGAGAUACGAUGACCUACAGAUAGCUGUUGCAAAUCCAAGGCUAGAUGCUCCUCUGCUGAACGUCAGGCAGACGGACAUGUGCUUGGUGUGCAUCGCAUUCGCCUCUUGGGUGCUGAAGUCUGCCAAUCCACCAGUGGGAGACGCGUGGAAGGCCGUCCUGCUGGCGAACAUCAGCGCCCUUUCUGCCAUCCGGUACUUGAGGAGACACACCAGGGAGGAGGAGGAGGAGACAGGUUACACACUUCAGACAACAGAGGGCGCCACAGGAUAA